AAAGCGAAGGCACCCGCGUGCGCUCCGUGGACGCGCUCGAACCUCACGCCGUGAUAUUCUAAUUAUUCAAAUAACCGAAUUAUUAACCUACAGUUGAUUGCUUGCGUAAUAUUUCGACAGAACGUUAACUUGCGUUCGCAUUUAUUUUACAGUCGCGUUGAUUUUUAUACGUUUAUAUAAUCUGCAUUGCGCUCCUGGAGAAGUUCGUUCUUGAACUGCUGUUAUGGUUUGGAGAGUAUUUUGGGGCUAAAUGUAAACGCAUAGUUGUUAUGGAGACAUUAUGAAAGGCAAAGACAUGUAAUGCACUAUAUUACGCGCUGCAAUUUUAAUGUUAACUACACAGAUAUCUACUACAAUGUCACUGGCUGAGGUUGACAUGGCUAGUCUUGGCUUCCCGAAGUUGCCUGCUGGUUUUGACGCGGACUCGUUCUUUCCAGCGCGCCUGCCGCCGAGACGGAGGAGACACUCGGCGAACUCCAGGAGAAAUGCCUACAGGUUUAACAAACUCCACACCAUGGACGUUGAGCCCCAAGAGAGCAUCGCAUCUCUGACAAAAACUCUUUCGUGGUCAGCCGACAAUAUUUUAUCGGAAAGUACCAACGAGGAGAAAAAGACGGACUCUUGUCCUCCAGUGUCACUUGCCUCCAGCUCUCCACCUGAGACGCAAGACUCGGACCCGCGACCCGCUGAUACCUGGGCCAGCGAGGAGCCCAGCGCGCAGGAGGCUGAUGCCAGCUCGGACUCCGAUGAUGAAAGCACCGAGAAGAAAGCUGUUUUGUCAAGAGCCCUGUUUGAGAGUAAACGCGAGCAGGAGGAAAAGGAUGAGGUUGAGACUAAAGCUGUGGCGACUUCACCUGAUGGAAGAUUUCUGAAAUUCAACAUUGAGAUCGGAAGGGGGUCCUUUAAGACAGUCUACAAAGGAUUGGAUACGGAGACCACCGUGGAGGUUGCUUGGUGUGAACUGCAGACCCGAAGGCUGACGAAAGUGGAACGGCAGCGGUUCAGUGAAGAGGUGGAGAUGCUGAAGUGCCUGCAGCAUCCAAACAUUGUCCGUUUCUACGACUCCUGGAAGUCCACCAUGAAAGGACACAAGUGCAUCAUCCUUGUGACGGAACUCAUGACGUCAGGGACACUGAAGACGUACCUGAAAAGGUUCAAAGAGAUGAAACUGAAGCUUCUCCAGCGCUGGAGUCAUCAGAUCCUGAAGGGCCUUCAUUUCCUGCACACCCGAACACCACCCAUAAUCCACCGAGACCUUAAAUGUGACAACAUUUUCAUCACUGGCCCCACUGGAUAUGUUAAGAUUGGUGAUUUGGGUCUAGCUACUCUCAAGAGUGCCUCAUUUGCCAAGAGUGUCAUUGGAACCCCAGAGUUUAUGGCUCCAGAGAUGUAUGAGGAGAAAUAUGACGAAGCUGUGGAUGUUUAUGCCUUUGGCAUGUGCAUCCUGGAGAUGACCACAUCAGAGUACCCUUAUUCAGAGUGCCAAAACGCUGCGCAGAUCUACCGCAAAGUCACUAGUGGCAUGAAGCCAGACAGUUUUUACAAAGUGAAAGUCCCUGAACUGAAAGAGAUCAUUGAGGGAUGCAUUCGGAUGAACAAAGACGAAAGGUACACUAUCCAGGACCUGUUAGAGCACACCUUCUUCCAGGAGAAUAAUGGUGUCCAUGUCGAAUUGGCUGAGGAGGAUGACAUGGUGAAGUCUGGCCUUAAACUCUGGCUUCGAAUGGAUGACACCAAGAAGCUCCAUGGCAAAUAUAAGGACAACAACGCCAUUGAGUUCCUGUUUGAACUCUACAAGGACGUCCCAGAAGAAGUGGCUCAGGAGAUGGUUGUUCUUGGAUUUGUCUGUGAGGCAGACUACAAACUGGUGGCCAAAGCCAUCCGUGACCGUGUCACCGCCAUCAAGCGCCAACGAGAAAAGCUCCGUCGACAGGCAGAAGAGGACCAGAGGCGGCGACAAGAGGAGGUGAUUGAGGAGGAACCCGAGCCUAGUCUUGAAGCCGAACCUUCAGUUUCUAACCCACCUGCUCCUAAGCCUCCUGUAGAGACGCCUGUUUCCGUCCCAACUCAAGCUCCGCCCACUGUCACAGUGUCAGGCCCCAUUUCCCUGCCUGCAAACGAAUCUCUGGACUCUGGCUUUAACGCCAGCUUUGCCACUGAACCCGAGGAGCCAGACGCAGACCAGCGGCAGCAUUUCAACAUACGUCAUGCCAGCUACUCAUCAGCAACGUGUAAGUUUGUGUGCUCUUGUGUAUGUCAAAGUCAGCAUGAAAUGGAAAUUCACCCUUUCUCAGGGGUGUCCAAACCUGCUCCUGGAGGGCCAUCCAUCUACCAUAAGAUGUACACUAUCCAGGACCUGUUAGAGCACACCUUCUUCCAGGAGAAUAAUGGUGUCCAUGUCGAAUUGGCUGAGGAGGAUGACAUGGUGAAGUCUGGCCUUAAACUCUGGCUUCGAAUGGAUGACACCAAGAAGCUCCAUGGCAAAUAUAAGGACAACAACGCCAUUGAGUUCCUGUUUGAACUCUACAAGGACGUCCCAGAAGAAGUGGCUCAGGAGAUGGUUGUUCUUGGAUUUGUCUGUGAGGCAGACUACAAACUGGUGGCCAAAGCCAUCCGUGACCGUGUCACCGCCAUCAAGCGCCAACGAGAAAAGCUCCGUCGACAGGCAGAAGAGGACCAGAGGCGGCGACAAGAGGAGGUGAUUGAGGAGGAACCCGAGCCUAGUCUUGAAGCCGAACCUUCAGUUUCUAACCCACCUGCUCCUAAGCCUCCUGUAGAGACGCCCGUAUCCACCCCUACUCAAGCUCCGCCCACUGUCACAGUGUCAGGCCCCAUUUCCCUGUCUGCAAACGAAUCUCUGGACUCUGGCUUUAACGCCAGCUUUGCCACUGAACCCGAGGAGCCAGACGCAGACCAGCGGCAGCAUUUCAACAUACGUCAUGCCAGCUACUCAUCAGCAACGUCUGACUGUGAGACGGAUGGAUACCUCAGCUCCUCUGGGCUUCAGGAACCUUCAGAAGCUCGAGUUCCUGUGGCAAACCAACCCUCCACAGCUCCACAACCAACCAGUGGAGCCCCUCGCGUGGAAACCACACCCAUUGAAGCUCCACCCACUGAAGCCCCUCCCACUCCAGCUGCAGCGAUCCCAGCUCUCCGUUUCCCGUCGAGCAUUGCUGUGUCCCAAAACACAGAGAGGGCCCAGUCAGGAAAUACCAGUGGUUUUUCCUCUCCUGUCGACAGCUACGCUUCUGAUGUUACCUCUGGUUUGAGUGAUGGAAACGAGGGUCUUUCGGAGAGAGGCGGGAAAGGUCAGAACAAACGCACCGGAACCAAGCUGCUCAGGAAGAGGGCUCGCUCACGGCUACGCAUCACUGGGCUGUCAGAUAAAGUGGACCGGGUUGUAGAGUGUCAACUACAGACCCAUAACAGCAAGAUGGUGACAUUUAAAUUCGAUCUGGAUGGAGACAACCCAGAUGACAUUGCUGCAGUAAUGGUACAUAAUGAGUUUAUUCUACCUGGGGAGAGAGAGGGAUUCAUCCACCGCAUGAGGGACAUCAUCCGUCGGGCAGAGGCCCUGAUGAGGAGAGAACCUUUGGAACCACUCAGUCCCAGAGACACUGCUCGUCUGCCUUGUCUGAGCGGAGUCGGCUCACUGUCUGCCUCACAGCCCAAUCUCUACACGCAGGGCCUCGCUCGCACACACUCCUCCUCCUCGUUGCCAGAUUAUGCUGCUGCCAGUAUAGGGCCAGUGACCCGGGGUUCCUCACCUACACUGAGCGCCGACUUUUACGUUGAUCCCGAUGCCAUUCCGCCCGUCCGGCCCCUGCGUUCACAAUCCUUCCACACUACAGGUUCCUCCCAGACCUAUCAGUCUACGCUCAACUACCCGCAGUACUCCCACCCUGAACUUCUGCCACAUCUCCUGCCAAAUCAGAUGUCUGCCAUGCCCCCUCAGCUCCCCAAACCACCUUAUGUUCAAAACACCCACUUUGCCUACCCCUACCAAAUGGAUCACGCCUCCCUCAAGAGCCCCCUCAACCCAAGUCCACUCACCCGUGUCCCCAGCAACCCAAACUUCUAUUCCUCCUCUUCGUCCUCUUCUGUUGUUUCACCGGUUCAGCAGUCCAUCGAGAUGCCGCCUCAAGCUGAAACCAACACUCUGCCACUUUCAGUUGCCCCUCCACCUGGUCCGCAAGCUGCAGGCAUGUGGCCGCCACAUUCCCAGCAGCCCUUUAUUUCGCUGGCCAAUGUUCUUUCUCUGGCUAUGAACUUUGCACAGUCCUUUAUACCCCCUGGAUCCAUCCCUCAAGGUUUCCACCCGCAAAUGACCCCUCAACCAGGGUAUGGCCCUAUGUAUCCAGCUCAGCAUACGAGUAUGAGCAACGCUGAUGCUCCAUACCACCAGGGGGCAACGAGUGGCCAGUAUAUGGAUAUGUACCAAUAUCCUGAUGCUUAUAUGCAGAUUCCGGCACCAGUUCCUGAACCUCAAGAACAAGGCCAAACAGCAUCUCCACCAGUAGUCCCUCUUAGAGAGCAGAGAACAGGCACGGCCCCUGAGAUUAAACAGCCCAUAAACCCAAACCCCACAAACCCAAGCUCUUCUCCAGGGUCCAGAAGUAGCCCACUGGCAGGGAGCCAGUCUAACCUCAUUGGGCAGCUCAGAGAGCGGGCAGACAGUUCAGCAUCAAGCUCCUGCACCCCAUCCAGCACAAGCUCACCAGCAUCCUCCACAUCCCCCAGCCCGCAAAACACUGUGUCCUCACCCAUCCCAAGGUCCUCCCCCACUCUGUCCAUGUCUCUGGCAGUGUCUGAAACGAAUACCAUCGCAGCCAAAUCUAGACUCUCACCUAUAUCUGAAGAGAAAAAGUCUAUUGUCACAGUGGGACGGUUCAAAGUCAGUCAAAGCAAGGAAAUCCCCACUCCAACUCCCAGCCUAACGCCAACUCCCACCCCUACAGCUACACCCACAUCCAUACUGACCCAAACAUGCCCUAUAACAGAUCCUCAAGCCACGCCCCCUGCACACAACAGCCAAUCAGACAGCAGCACAGACAUACAGGCGGAAUCAGAAAGCAGUCACAGCUCUCUGAAUGAGUCCCCACCACUUAUCAAACCACUUAGUGUGGCUUUGUGCCACUCAGACAGCGCCCCCUUGUGGACUGGAGGAACUAAAACACUGGACAGAGAAGUAGAACCAGACAAGGGACGUGGAGGUGAAGAAGGGGAGGAGGAGGUGGAGGAGGAGACAGAAAGGAGGAGGAGGAGAAUAAGUGUAAGUUUGCUGGAAAGUUCAGCCGGGAGUCCUCAGUUCAAUCUAAAUCAGUCGUGGAUGAGUUACACACGCAGUACCUCAUACGCUAGCAGCGACGAGACAGAGAGUGAAGACGAGGGAAUGUAUGAGGAGCUACAGGAACUCAGAGAGAGGUGAGCCUGUAGUAUGUUUUGUGGGUUGCUUGUGGUACAUUCCUGCAAAUCCCUGUACAUUCUAUAAAGUGCUUUAUCAAAUUC